CUCUGCAGCUUUUCAUUCAUUCUUGCUCUUCUGCAUCAUAUCCCCUUCCGAGCCUUGAAUAAGCGCUACCGUGAUUCAAGCACGUAGCCUGCCCUCGGAGUCCAAUUAAAUAUAUCUAUCGUCCGCUUCUUACUCUCGUCUCUCAUUUUGAUUGCAGUGCUCGGGUACGAUCCGCGUGCACGCCGGGCAAGAAGUCUACUUCCUUUGUGCUUUCGCCACCAUAUCCUCGAAUUCCACACGCUCUUCCGUUCUAGAGCACACUCGAUGGCUCCUCCCUCAAUGGCGUCCAUGCCACUGAUGGGAAUCACGCCCCAGGUUUCAAAUGAGUCCGUCAUACGAAGCUUUGGUCCAGAGCAGAAGAGGAGCUCCGUUACAGCUCCAAUUGGGCUUGCAACCUCUGUCAAGGCGACCACUCCAACGGAGCCAUUGCUGAUUCCUGAAGCUGUGGAGAAGAAAGUUUUCAGUUAUGAGGAGAUUGCCAAGCACAGGAGCGUGGACGAUGCGUGGAUUGUCGUGGAUGGCCAAGUGUACGACGUGACGUACUUUCUCGAGACUCAUCCUGGUGGUCAAGAGUUGAUACUUGAUCACCUGCACGUACGUGAUGCCGGGAAUCUGAUGAGAGGCAAAGAAGAAGAAGAUGGACACAGCCACAGCAAAGCUGCGUUCAAGAUGUUGCAGCAAUUCUCAAUCGGAUCAGUGGAAAACCACCGUGGGCUCCAAACCGAAGAGAAUAUGAAAAAGAGCAACUCGGAUACGAAGAAAUACACCGUCGAUUUAUCGAAGCCAAUUGUUGGACAGGUUGGAUAUCUGGGAGCCGACUACGACGAGUGGGUCCAUGAUCCGAUUGUGUCGAGGGAAAGUCCUCGGUUCUUCGAGAGUGACAUCUCAGAGUUCUUCACAAGGACGCAUUGGUGGGUGAUCCCCCUGAUAUGGGUUCCUGUUGCGUUGGCCAUGGAAGUCUUGGCGGUCAAGAAUGGAGUCACCUAUACCCAACUUCCCGUGCUUAUGAUCGUCGGGGCCAUGAUAUGGACCUUCCUGGAGUAUAUGUUGCACCGGUUCCUUUUUCACAUGAAGACUUCAAGCUUUUGGGGUAACACAUUCCACUACGUCAUUCAUGGCUUUCACCACAAGCAUCCGAUGGAUGGUGCUCGUUUGGUUUUCCCUCCAGCCUUCACCUCGGUGAUCUGCACAAUUAUUUGGGUCGCGCUCGGCCAGUGGUUUGCGCCGUACCCUAUCAAGCUCGCACUAUACGGCGGUGCUCUGUUGACCUACGUUGCAUACGAUUUAACGCACUACUUCCUUCACUUCGGCACUGCCUUCAGCGAUCAAACACGGAAAAUGAAGAGAUACCACUUGAACCACCACUUCAAGGAUCAGACAAACGGAUACGGAAUCACCACGACAACGUGGGACAAAGUCUUCAAAACCCUGCCUGCUGAAAAGCUUUCUGAAGAUUAGUGGCAGAGUAGCCGUCUUUGCUACCACAUGUAAAGUUACUCAGAAUGUCCUCAUAAAUCACGGAGUCAACCUCAGAGAGCUCUUUUCAGUCAAACUAAACCAUGUCGUCUGUGGUUUGUAGUCUUCAACGAAAGUCUGCAAUAGAUAUAUAUAGCGAAAGAACAAAAAUCUGUCAUAACAAUUUAAUUCAUAUUGGAAGAUAACAAUGCCUGUUAUUUGUCAAAGGGGGUGAGAGUGAGCUGCUGUUGUGGUCGGUAUUAUCUCACAAGAAGUAAUAACUUUAGUUUGAUCGAACAGAGUUAACUGAUUCAUCAUACCUGGUACUACCACUUUACAUGCCAUCUCACUGUGGCCCUGUCUAGUGUAGUAAGGGUAGAAGGCGGGUAGUUAGCGAGUGCGGUUUUGCCUUAAGCAAGUCCUCAAGUCAGCUUAGUAAGAAUAUUGUGCUCUUUUCUCGUUUGGACGGAGGGAUGUACAAACCCCGUGCGAAGGGAGUUGGUUCUGAGCAUGAUAUUUGAUGAGAUAAACGUUCAAUCUAUAGAGUGGAAUGUCUGGUGUACCAAAUUUAAGUUGUAUAAAGGAAGUUUAAACC